AUGUCUAAGCCAACGGAAAACAGAUUGUGGGGCGGCCGGUUCACCGGCGCCUCGGACCCGUUGAUGGACCUCUACAAUGCCUCGCUUCCCUACGACAAAAUCAUGUACGACGCCGAUUUGACCGGCACCAAGGUGUACACAGAAGGCUUGAGCAAGCUCGGCUUGAUAACCGGUGAGGAAUUGGCCGAAAUCCACCGCGGCUUGGAGGUGAUUCGCGGCGAGUGGAAAAACGGCGAGUUCGUCGAGAAGCCCGGGGACGAGGAUAUCCAUACGGCCAACGAAAGGCGGUUGGGCGAGAUCAUCGGCAAGCACAUUGCCGGGAAGGUGCACACGGGCCGUUCCAGAAACGACCAGGUGGCCACGGACAUGAGGAUUUAUGUGCGCGAGACCUUGACGCAGUUGGUGGAGUUCUUGGGCAAUUUCAUCAAGACCAUCUUGAAAAGAGCCGAGACGGAGAUCGAUGUCUUGAUGCCCGGAUACACGCAUUUGCAGCGGGCGCAGCCCAUCCGCUGGGCCCACUGGUUGAGCUCGUACGCCACGUACUUCACCGAGGACUACAAGCGAUUGAAGCAGAUUUUGGAGCGCGUCAACCAGUCGCCGUUGGGCGCCGGGGCUUUAGCCGGACAUCCCUACGGCAUGGACCGGGAGUUCUUGGCGGCCGGCUUGGGAUUCGGCGGUGUGAUUGGCAACUCGUUGGUGGCCGUCAGCGACCGUGACUUUGUGGUGGAGACGCUCUUCUGGUCGUCGUUGUUCAUGAACCACAUCUCGCGUUUUUCCGAGGACUUGAUCAUCUACUCGACGGCGGAGUUUGGCUUCGUGCAGUUGGCCGACGCGUACUCGACCGGGCUGUCGUUGAUGCCGCAGAAAAAGAACCCGGACUCGCUCGAGUUGUUGCGGGGCAAGAGCGGCCGUGUUUUCGGCCUGCUUGCGGGGUUCUUGAUGUCGUUGAAGUCCAUCCCGUCCACGUACAACAAGGACAUGCAGGAGGACAAGGAGCCGCUCUUCGACGCCAUGACCACCGUGGAGCACUCGAUCUUGAUUGCCACGGGCGUUAUCUCCACAUUGAAGAUCAAUAAACACCGCAUGCAGGGCGCCUUGACCAUGGACAUGUUGGCCACGGACUUGGCCGACUACUUGGUGAGGAAGGGCGUUCCGUUCAGAGAGACCCACCACAUCUCGGGCGAGUGCGUGCGGAAGGCGGAGGAGGACAACUUGUCUGGAAUCGACCAGUUGACGUACAGCCAGUUCCAGGCCAUUGACGCGCGUUUCGACGAGGACGUGAAGGACGUGUUUGACUUUGAGGUCAGUGUGGAGAGGAGGACCGCUACGGGCGGGACUGCCCGAAGCGCAGUGCAGAAACAGCUUGCGUCCUUGGCGGCUCAGCUCGAUUAG